AUGUCAUUGGUCCUGACGUCACGGAGGGGAGGCAGAUUUCGAUAUAAAGGGAGAGUAUCACCCCUCGAGUCUGUCCGACGAGAACUAACUGGCCACUUUGAAAAGUUGUUGUUAACCGACGACUCUAUCCUAAACACAUACCACAGCAACACGGUGGUAGUUUUUACACCGCUCCAGCUCCGAGAUUAUACUACACAGGUCAAAAUGCAUCAUAGUUGUUGCAUGUGGAUUUUAGUCAUCGCAACAGCGGUAUGGACGGACGCAAUCACAGGACAUGAGGACAAAGUCGGAAUUAAAAGUCAACAGGUGCAGCAACAGCAACAAUCUGACAUUAUGCAGACAAUGGUGGACGGUGGUGGACAUCAGUCGAUCCAGAUGACAUCUCCGGCGGAAAGUUAUUUCAACGACCCGUUGGGCUAUUUGGCCAAACGCGCGCACAAGCAGUACGGUUUUGGACUCGGAAAACGUCUUUACCGGCAGUACGAGUUCGGAUUGGGAAAACGGUCAGCGUCAAAGCAGUACGGAUUCGGUCUGGGUAAACGGGCUGCGCUCAAGCAAUACGAGUUCGGCUUAGGAAAACGAGCAUCGCCGACCUUCUAUAGUUUUGGUCUGGGACGGCGGGCUUCGCCACAGUACAGUUUUGGACUCGGAAAAAGAGUGUCGCACCCGUCAUUCUUAAACGUGGACGACCGCGAUUCGGACUACACGUACAACGACUUGUCGGAGGAGAAGAAGAGGACGGCGGACGAUAUGGGUCACGGCCAGCGGUUCGCUUUCGGGCUGGGCAAACGAGGUGCGGGGGCGGAAUGGGACGACGGCGACGGUGAAGGCGACGACUCGGCGCCCAUUUGGCACCCGGCCGUCAGGCGAGCUCGUCUCCAGUACGGUUUCGGGCUGGGCAAACGGGCUGACCGCGACUAUGACGCCACCAUCGGUACCGAGUACGCGGAUACGCUGCAGUUGGCUGAUGACGUCGCUGACAUCAACAACUAA